UCCCGUUGUCUGAAGAUUGGAGACGCCAUCCAUUCUAUUGCCGGCACGCGGGGCGCGGCCAUGGAACGGCCGAAGCAGUCACAGGAGCAAAUCUGCCACCACUUCCAAGAGCACUUGGAGAAGCUGGCGGCGGACUUUACAGAGCUGCACCGCCACGUGCUGCUCUUGACGGAGGAAAGGGGCACCCUGGAGCGAGAGGCGGCGCACCUGCGGCAGCGCCUAGCGAAUUACGGUCCGCCGGGGGAGAACCAGAAGCCGAUUGCGCCCCCGCUGCUGCCCAUCGCGCUGAGGGAGGCCACUCCCCCCGACUGCCUGGAGAGUCAGUUCGAGGAGGCCUUCGGACUGGACGCUGGCAAGGGCCACGCGGUUCCCAAUCCGAAGUUGACGAAGGUUUCUGAGGAGGAGGCGGAAAGGUACCGGUCCAGCAAGCUGCUGUCGCGCUCGAACUCCGGACUCUCGAACAUGGCCAAGGCUCUGAAUCUGGACCAGGUGCUGCACUUUGUGGCGAGUAGCGGGCCCGGGUUCAUAAUAGUGAUGAACACAUUAGCCAUGGGCAUCGCUGUGGACAACGACCCCGACAGCCCUGGCUGGGCCUAUUUGGAACUCUUUUUCGCCCUCUGCUACCUCCUGGAGUUCACUGUGAAACUUCACAUGCUUGGCGUUUCCGGGUACUUUUGCGGCGCCGACGCCAGGUGGAAUCUCUUCGAUUUCUUCUGCCUGCUGCUGUCCAUCUCUGAUGUCACGCUGGUUUUCUUGGUCAUGGCAGAGGCCGUCAACUUUUCCAUCGGCUCCGCCUCGGUGAUCAAGGUCGCCCGCCUGGCGCGUUUGAUGCGCUUGAUCCGGACGCUGCACUUCGAGUUCUUCUCCGAGCUGCGGACGAUCCUUUUGGGCGUCUUCUGCGGCUUACGUGUCCUUUUCUGGGCAAUUGUGCUGCUGUUUAUCAUCAUCUACAUCUUCGGGAUUGGCAUGGCAACCAUCGCGGACGACGAGGAGGAGUUUUCGACGCUGCCAGCCAGCAUGUUCACAAUUUUCCGAUGCCUCACGGAAGGAUGCAACGCAUAUGAUGGCACACCUCUCCCGGAGAGGCUGCGUAAGAGCACCUUCCAGGAUGUUGGAGGCCUUUUCAUGAUUGGCUACAUCCUGGUGUUUAUGCUGGUCUCGGUGGGCAUCUUCAAUCUGAUCAUGGCGAUCUUUCUUGACAAUGUGGUCAGCGAGCAGACCUUGAGGAAGCAGAAGGAGCUGGCGGAGAGCGCUCUGAAGUCGGAGGUGGCCAUCAAGCGCGCGGUGGCACAAAUCAUCAGCGAUGAGGAUUCAGUGGCUGUGAUCCCGGACAAUCUGGAAAUGCUGGAUUUGAAGCAUCAGUCCAAGGCCCUGGAGAGGUCGCUGUCCACCCUGGACGUCACAGUGACGCGGGACCGCUUCGCUCAGUGGUUGGCCCACGAGGACUUCGUGGAGACCUUGGAGGGCGCCUCCGUGGACACCUCCAUCCGCACCCAGCUCUUCGACAUCUUGGACGCGGACAGCGGGGGCCUGCUGAGCAUCGACGAGCUGAUCUCUGGGCUCAUGAGCAUGCGAGGGCAUGUCACCAAAGGCGACAUCAUUGCCAUGAGCCUCAAGGUCCGGUACGUGUCGCAGCAGGUGGAGAUCUUGAGCAACGGCGAGCAGCCCCAGGUGCCCAGCAAGAGGAGGAGUCUCACCGAAUGAGUGCAGGGCCUUCGUCCAAAAGGAACCAGGCUCAGCGCUUGGGCCCGGCGGCCUUGAAAUUAGAUCCGCGCAGCAAUGGGGUCUCUCUCUCUCUCUCUCUGUGUCUUGGCCAAAUGCCAAAAGGACGGUCUUCCAAAAGAGGUCACUGCCAUCACUUUUCCGC